UAGUACAGAGAGACUAUUGAACUGUAUAAAGCUGAGGACAAAUGCAGUAUAGCAAUCAGGAUAUGUACUCAGAAGCAAAAGAAACUGUAACCUGUAAGUUGAUUCAUGACUGGUUGACCUGCUGUUGCCUGUAUAACCUGCAGCUUUCAGUGACUAGAGUUUAUGGACAGACUGAUCAACAGGGAACUGCACCUCUAAAUUCCCUUUCAGCCUUCAAACAGCAAACAUGACAACUGCCACAAGACUUCUGGAUGAGCUGUGUCACUUAACGGCUCAGUCUCUAGAAACACUGGAGCCUUUAGAUCACUUCCAAGUUAUUAAACUUCUUGGGGAGGGUUCAUACGGAAAAGUCAAGUUAGCAGUGCACAAGAAGAGAGGAACCCCAAUGGCCCUUAAAUUCUUUCUGCGAGACGACACAUCUCUACUGUCAUUUCUGAGGGAAUAUAACCUGUCUUUGGCCUUCUGCACCCACCCCUCACUUACCUCUGCUUUAGGCAUCGCAUUCUCCACUCCUACUCACUAUGUGUUCGCCCAGCAACCUUGCCUCUAUGGCGACCUCUAUGAUGUCAUCGUUCCUGAGGUUGGUCUGGAAGAGAGCCGUGCCCAGGGAGUGGCUUCCCAGAUCAGCGGUGCCCUCUCUCACCUCCAUUCUCUUGGCUUUGUCCAUCGUGAUGUCAAACCGGAGAACAUCUUCCUAUGUGACCGUGAGUGUCGUUGGGUCAAGCUUGGUGACUUUGGCAUGGUGAAGGCUGCAGGCACCAGGGUACCAUGUGUGUGGUACUGCUCCCCUUACUGCACGCCUGAGGCUGAGAUGGCAAGAAAAAAUGAGGAGAAUCAUUUGGGCCACUUGGGGGUGGACAACAAUGGGAACAAGCAAAAAGGGGACUCUGGAAAGACUCAAAGAAUGUUGGUGUCUGUGGUUCCCAGUAUAGACAGCUGGGCGUUAGGCAUUCUAAUCUACGCCAUGCUCAUGGGGAGCCUUCCAUGGUCUGAGACCUUUUCAGACAACCCAGCAUAUAAAAGAUAUCUACAAUGGACCAAAUGGGAAGGUUCAGCAUCACAAGAGUCACGAGGGGGGUCAGAUCAGCCUGAAAACUUCAACCAGGUGGCACCGCAGUUUGCUGCGUUCAGCCCUAUUGCGGCUCGUCUUCUUAGGUCCUUGCUCCACCCACAGUCCAGUCUUCGUGGCAGGCCAGAUGAGGUGGAAAGGUAUCUGGGAGGAGCCUGGCUAUUGGACAAGGAUGUCAGUGGGUGAUUCAUCAAAGGAAGGACAGGACCGAGAUCAUAUGCUCAUGAAAUGCCAUCUUCACGUGGAGCACUUGUGAGCGCAAGAGUAAGAAGAAGCACACCUCUCAAGUUUCAGCAGAAGACACACAAACACUCAGACGCUAUGUGUCCUAGAUUUAAAAAUAACCCACACCACAUUAAUAAAACUCUUUCAGCCAUCAUCACCUCUGUCAGACGCACACUUGAAAUCACAUACACACGCAUGGGCAAACACACACAGCCUUCACCGAUCUUUAAGUGUCUCACACUUCUGCAUUUAAACAUGUCCCUUCAUUUAUCAACACUGUACACACAUACACACACACACACAAAGUGUGAAGUUACAUGUAACGGAUAGGUCUUUGGCUUAUGUUCAGACUCCUUCAACUGAUCCAUGAAAACAUAACAUUGUAAAUUAUGGAGUAAAUAUGACAACCGUAUU